AAACAGUGAAUGCAAUGCUAUCUUUUAAGUGGAUUUAAACGUCAUCAAAAAUAUGUGAAUGAUUGACUGGGUGAAUCACACAUGGAGGAUUAUCUCAGGUACCGUUCAUGCAAACAGACCACAAAACAGUUGAGCAGCUAAGAACAUCCGGUGCAGCCUGACGUCAUCAGGUGAGGUCACACGGCUUGUGUUCACUAAAACUGUAACGCGCACAACCACGAUGAUGAUAUUGAAUGCUAUUAUCGCGUUGGGCGCAGCUGCUGUUCGACACACACACACAGGCUCUGAUUGACACAGUGAAGGGGUGGGGACGCAGGGUGGGGUCAGCAGCAGGGAGAGGCGGAGGACAGACUCCCACAGCUCGAGCCCUACCCUGAAACACGGCAACAAACACACUCACACUGAAAGACAGCCGGGGCCACGGAAAGAGGGUUUAUUUCUCUACGCCGGGGAUAUGAUUUCUGUGAUCUACCGAGGCAACAAGCGCACCUUUCUGCUCUGAAACUGAGGUGGAAAAAUUGACAUCGAGAUCACUGUUAUUCAAAUAUCACCCCACCCGAUCAUACACUUCACCCCGUCACCAGCGCUUAGCUACCGAGAUGCACACGGAGACUCGGAAUAAAAAAGACCUUUGGCCUGCCGAUUACCCUUGGGCCAAAUGGGGACUGAGGCGGUCUCUAUGGCAAAGGCGGAGAUUCGCAGAACUUCCCAGGUUGUAUGUCUAGCGCACAACUGUACAGGUUCAAAGAGGGAAAAAAAAAUGCGGGCAAAGUACAAAUCCAUUAAAACGUCCAAUGGACAACGCAGUUUCCAAAGAAAUUACUUUAAAUGGUCCGGUGAACUUUCAUAGAUGGAGUACUAGGAUAUGUUCCCGCUGUUAGUGGAGAAACCACUCUGGACACUAUGGAAGUUACAGUCGUGUCAGACGAGUCCGAAGAAAUCCACUGCAGCCGCCUCUGAGCCGGCCGAGGAGAUGCCAUCCAUACAGAUCAAGCUGGAACCAGAGGAGGUGGAGUGUGUGGUGAAAGAAGAGCCGUUAGAUGAUUUUCCCGAACCUGCAGACCUCAAAAUCAAAUCCUCGCCACCUCCGCUAUUUGAGAUCAGCACCCAACCAGCCGAUGCCGACCAGACGGAACCUGUGGACCUGUCCCUCAACAAGCCCCGCCCCUCCCUUCCAGUUGCCACGGCAAUGUCGACCUCCUUAAACCUGCAACACCAGAACAUCAUUCCCACUGUGCUCUCACCAGGCUCCAUCCUGGCAUCCACAGAGGUUGGAGGUCAACAGAUCCUGCACGUCAUCCACACCAUACCCUCCGUGAGCAUGCCCAGUAAAGUUGGGCAGCUGCAGACCAUCCCUGUGGUGGUCCAGUCCUUACCGGUGGUCUACACAACUGUACCCACAGACGGAGUGACCACCACAACCAUCACCGUACCUCUCAUUGGGAGCGACGGCCGGUCGGAUGGAACAGUGCGUAUCAAGCCAGGCUCAGCCUCUCCAGUCGAGUUUCAAAGUGACAGUGAGGCAGAAAGUGGCACGGAGUCUGGAUCAGCCUCUUUUAUCACACAAGGGAUAGACGGCGGUAUGAAUAUGGAUGUGGACAUUCAAAUUGACCCAGACUCUCCGGAAAUGAAAAGAAGGCGUGUGCACAUGUGCGAUUACGAUGGCUGCAACAAAGUCUACACCAAGAGUUCACAUCUAAAAGCCCACCGCAGGAUACACACAGGUGAAAAGCCGUACCAGUGCACUUGGGAGGGCUGCACCUGGCGCUUUGCCCGCUCGGACGAGCUGACACGGCACUUUCGUAAGCACACUGGCAUCAAGCCCUUCCGUUGCACCGACUGCGACCGCAGUUUCUCCCGCUCCGACCACCUGGCGCUUCACAGACGCCGCCACGUUAUGAUGUGAAACUAACUCGCCUCGCCCUCCCUGGCCCUCACCUCCCUGCCUGCUCCUCAGGAGAUGCACGCCCACCCAGAGGGUUCCAAACGCUGUUCCAAACCCCUGUCUCCAGAGACGAUCCUUUGUUGAAUAUGGAGAAGGGGUGGCACAGUCAUAAUGGUGACCCGUUUUGGUCAGAACACUUUCACUGUGUUCUGCCAUGCUUCCUGAAGCUACAAACCACCCGUCCACUAAUGACCUCCACCGCCAUCUCAAUGCCUGGUCAUAUUAGCCGUUAUUGAAGGGACUAAACGAAAGGCAAACUGCAAGCAGCACUGCUGUAAGCAAAGAGUGAUGUUUGGGGAAGUUACCCCCUCCCUCUCCCCCACCCCCCUCCUUAUUUUGAGGAUGAUUCUUUUAAAAACAAGUAUGAAAAAGGGUCGCCGCUAAAGAUAAGGAAGCUAAAGAAUUCAUAUAAGAUAACAAAAAAAGUCUAUGUACCAUAACUUUUGAUAAUUUUAAUGAGAAAGUAGGUUGGAGAAGCAUUGACAGCUGCCUUGAUUAAUUCUUACAUUUAAUCUGAACUUUUUGUUGUCCUGAAUUUGUACACACAAGCUAGCUCUACGUACAUUUUAGAGUCUGUAUAUUUGUGCGUGGAUGGGAGUUUGGUGUAUUGUUGUCUUAUUUACCCAUCUAUUUUAACACGUGUAGUAGAGGCAGGGGGCUGACAAGACUGUGAAUUUUAGUACUUUAAUUUUCUUGAUUAGUAUCUGUUGUCUGAGCAUCCCCCCCCCCCAAAAAAAUUAUUUAGCACAAAAACAGUAUUUGUGUUCUUUUUCAAUAGUCAUUUUGCUAAUGCAAAUAUUGGCAACUAACUGAAUUAACAUCAAUCAAAAGUGUUCUUUAUCUUUUUUCUAACCUUCAAAUAUUCUUUGAAAAGUCUGUGAAAAAGGUUUUCAAAAGAAAACUCACAGGGAAAGGGUAACCUUACUAAAUUGGUGUGUGUCUGUAUGUAGAAGCACACUUGUUUGCAUAUUUGUAAAGACAUAAUCAGAGUUAUAAUAGGAGAGGUGUGUUGUAGGCACAUGUUGUUACUUCUAGCCCAUCAGAGCCUUAAUUGAAGUAAAUGUGCAAGUCUAAUUUGCACAAUGGGUUUUCGGAGUACCUCGGGGUUCAGUGUUGGGCCCUCUUUAGUUUUGUGAGGCACCCUGAAAAUCCAUGUUUGCACCUAGAUUACUUUUACAAAACAUGUAUCAACUCAUGCUCUGGGUUCACUUGAUUAUGCAAAUAUACCCCCACCAUCCCCCCAAAUGCUGUUGAUGUUAUUUGAUAUUGAUGUAAUGAAAUGUUGUGUGCAGUCAACACCGAUCUGUGAGGAGAGGGUAUCUCGUAUGCAUUAUUACUCCCUUCAAGCUAGCACUCAUAGCCAUUGUCAUAAUUUCAAUUGCUAUAGCAGCUGAUAAAGAGUGCUUAUUAUGCCUUUUUUAAGAAACACUGCUUGUUCGAUUACAGCCUUCGAGAGUUAAGAGCAUGUCUGCAACAGCUGCAUGAUCUUCGGUCCGUGAGCAAUGCAAUCUUCAGAUUUUCUAUCAUUCUCUCGCUUAAAGUCUAAAAUGUUACAAAGCACAUCUUUCUAGAAAGAGUAUAUGCAUUUGAUUGUCAUCCUUUUUUAAACUGUUCAUAGACAUACAGAUGAUUAAUGAAUAAUUAAAGAAUAAAUGUACAUACUGUAUAUAAUCGACGAAGUUCUGAAUAAAUGUAACGGGUGGAUUUCUAUUUUUAACAAUGACUAGACAAUGUGAAAUACUCAUGUUUUCAUUUCCUUUUUGUUGGUUUUUAAAAUGUGUUUUUUGUUUUUACUUUUUUAAUCCUAUGAAUAAGCCCUCAAUGUGUUUUACACCUGUGUUGCAUGGAGAGUAGGGUUUUUUUUUCCUUUGUGAAGUUGGUGAGUAUGCCAAAGUGUUGAUGCCCUGACAGACAUGGCCUAGAAGCACUGAUAAUCCACAAUUCUAUUUCCAUGUGCAACCACGGCCAUUUGUAGCACAUGUAUGGCCUGUUUCUAAUUACAAAAAUACAUUUACAAUAACUGUUAAUGAAUACCUCAUUCUAACUGUUGUAUUGUGCCCUUAUAUAAAUAUCCCAUCAUAUCAUCCUAAAUUGGGAUUAUUCCAUUCUAAACUGACUGUGUUUCAUGGCAUUCAUUUAAGAGUAGAUUCCCCCUCUUUAGAAAUGAAUAAAUAUGCACCCACGACAUAAAUGUGACAUCUGAGCAUGUUGGCUUUCAUCACUUAAAACAAAAAAGUGCACCCUUAUGCUCAAAUCAUAAAUAGGGCUUGGGUUUUGUGUGAGUGUAUGUGUGCAAGUGUGGUUAUCACAAAAUUAUCUUUUAAACUUUCAGAAUCAUAGGUAUUUUAUAUUGAAUGCAGUAACUUAUGGGCCAGUACUAUAUUACUCAGUGCAAUGCAGUUAUCAUUAUAAAAAAACAAGUAAUUAAUGUUAAUUAUUUUGUAUUUGUACAGAACAAGUGUGUAAAGAUCAGUGAGGAAAACGUAAGCUUUUUGAUACUGUGAGAAAUGGUGAUUAAAGUCAGUUUCCCCUGUACAGUUGUGAUUACCCACUUUUAUAUAAUAAAAUGUUUUUG